AAACGUCCACAGUCGCGCGCCGGCAGCCGAUAGUGCUGGAAUCGAACGGUCGCUCUCGUGGCGUCGUUGCUCGGCCACUGUUCUUCCAUUUUUCAUUUCGCUUUGACCGCGCACUACAAAUCGUAAACACACGCGUAUCGACACAAGUUUUACCCGGACAGUUUGUUGCUUUCGUGUUUUCCUUGAUUCUGUGCUUCGACAACCGAUUGUGCACGCAUUACACUGAUACGUUCUUUCGAAGGUAGGAAUACGAACGAACAAAAACAUCAAAACAAAAGAAAAUACGAAGCGACGAAACGGUAUUUAUACUCGUUCAGCAGUGCAAACUCGAGUUUUUAUGUCGCGAACAAAGUACACGUGAUUUACACCCUCGGCUCAUGAUGUAUGCAAUGCAUAUUUAUGUAAUGCUCCGGUAUAAAUAGACAAGUCGCUAAUUUCCUUCCUACUCUCCGACUCUUCGUUUGAACGUCAAAAAUGUUUGAGAUGUAACAAUAUUCUGUCUCCAGUUAAAUAAACAAUAAACUAGAAUAACAGCAGAUUUCCAGAACGUUACAGCAUACGCGGAGCUGUUGUUUCUCGCAGUGUGUUCAACGUCUCUUCGACCCUGACCUCAGAUCCAAAGAUUAAAUGAGCAGUGUCGAAAAUGUACAAUCUCAACGUGAACGUGAAUCCUAGCCCUAUGGCUGCCGCGGGUCUUCUCGGCGUCGCGGCGGCCGAGGUCACACCGAGGACACCGGAAAUCGUAAAUUCCCUAAUAGCAAUGACCAAUCCCUUCGAUGGAUACUCGAACGACAGGAGUCGUGAAAGAACCGAUUCCACCAGUAGCGGGGAGCCUAGUCCACCGAGUGUGCAACACACUUGUAGUCAACUUAUCAAAGAAGGUUUGAAGCUGACGCUGCAGACUAAGAGAAGAGUAAACGGUAGCAGCGACGAAGCGACGAAAAAGUCACGAAAGGAGGACAAUAGCGCUGACGACGAGGAAGAAGAUGGCGAUUCGAGCAAUAACAACAGUCGCACCGGUUUGACGCCCGAGGACGAGGAGCGUCGUCGCCGACGACGAGAGCGCAACAAAAUAGCAGCGACAAAGUGCCGACUGAAGAAGCGCGAAAAAACUGUAAUACUCGUGCAAGAGUCGGAAAUAUUGGAGACGCAAAAUCACGAUUUAAAAUCGGAGAUAAAAAAGUUGGAAACGCAGAGGCGGAGGCUGGUCGACAUGCUCAGUCUUCAUGGUCCAACUUGUCUGAAACAGGGCGGGACGAACGAGUCCGCGUACCAACAGUACGCAGAGCCGUUGCCCAGCUACGAAGAAAAUUUUGGCAAUCCGUCGUCGCAGCCGCCACCUGCGCUCAAUCAACCCCAAAACUGUGUCACCGAUUAUCCGGUCAAGGUCGAAGUCUACGAUUCAGGGACUCACGAUUUUUAUAGACAGGACAACAGUCCUUACGUACCUACAUCCGAUUCCGGUUGUACGGUGUAGCUGCGUUUGUGCGAAGAGAGAACAGAGAGAAUGGAGAAUAAUGAACAUUUUUAAAUAUGCAAAUCGUCGAUUAGGGUCAGGCGGAUGAAAACCUUGAAUUUUCCAACUCCCUCGGCAAUAACUCGAGAAGAAAGUUCAAAGUUUUCUUCUCGUCGUCAGACACUUUUAAUACUAAUAUAAACGUCCAGGAGCCGGGAAAAGAGAUUUUGGGGUAAAAUGGAUCAACGGCGAAAAAACUCGUCCGUAUGGAGCGAAAGACACAGUUUCGUCGUCGGGGCAGAAAUACGCAUAAUUCAUCCUGAAGUAUUCAUAAUCGAGAAUUAUCGAAAUUUCUUCAAUGCGUGAAAAUUAACACGAAUUUAUAUUAUUCCGGAGUUCUGUGCAGGAAAAAUCGCCAACUCGAUGUCCGAGCGACGCAGGGAUUAAAAUCGCAAGAGAAAAGAGUUCAAACACACAAAUAUUCCUUGUUCAGUUUGUAUGCUCGGAAAAGAACGUGUACCUUCUCUACGAAUCGUAACCGUUGACGCGACGUCGUGAGAGGAAAAAAUGUUUGCGUCUCAUUCUGUAAAGAAUGAGGAAAAUGGUGUCUAUGUCGUCUCGUUGAACUUCAAGGUGGUCCAUAUUGCCCCGCAUUUCUCUUUCUACGCGUUUUUUUCGUGGUUAUCGAUCUUUGCGUUCUCGGGAUCACCGGAACGCGCCGCCUCGUCUCUCCUUCGCUAAUGCCUCGAGGCUGCUUGCCGCAAUAUGCAAAAACGUCGAUGAGAGAGACAAAGGGAGAGCGAGGGAGCGGCGGAAAGAGUACACCGCUCUGACGCCGCUGCGCUGCCCGUUUCGAGAUCCCCGCGCCAAGUGUAUAACGGGUGCGCCGAGAGAAAGAGCUUUGAUGAUUAAUCGCGAAGGACUUAUGCAUUCCACAAACCAGAGAUCGAAAUGAAUAUAUUAUUUACCUUUUAGAAGCGAGAUCUAAUCAAAAUAACUAAGCGCUCAUAAUCUCAUGAAUUUGCACUCUUAGUUGUAGCUUGCGCAGUCAUUAAUAGUGUAGUUACGAGAAAAAAAUCGAUUUGCCUUGUCACAAGAAUAAAUUAUCUUGGAAUUCUCUUUCGUCUUAAGAAUAUUGUUAUUAUUGGCGAUAGAAAGAAAUAUCGGUCGUUUUUUGCGGGUCAAAGCCAUUAAUGAAAUAUUUUGCCGUAGAUCGUUUCUCCUCGAUAUUAGAAACUGAAACAGAUUUUAUUGAGUUUCACUUGUUAAUCAAAUGCGCGUUAUUGCUCUCGACUUGCACUCGAAAAACGAAGUUGCGUACUCUCCGUAUCUGGCGCUUUACUGCUCGUCCUAACAUACGAAAUUCAUUCGCUCUUUUCUCUCUUUCAAACGUAUUUUCUAAAACGGUACAACAAAAUGGAUGUUUUUUACAAAUUCGUCUUUUUAACUCGUAAACUACUUAUAUGAACACGUUCGAGGACGAACAAGCCCGAGACAUUCCUUUCGUAAUAACUCUUCUGUGACAUUCUUCAUAAGGCCUUGAUCGUUAACGUUAUUAAACGAUAAAUCAAAAGUUGAAGAAAAGAGUCAACUUUUUCUCGUCGCAAAUACUAAAUUUUUCUUUUUUCCAUUGUUUUGCUGUUCGAGUGAGUGCAGGACAUUGUCACUCGGACUUUGUUUCUUUAUUUUUAUUUUAUUUUUUUUUUUUUUUGUAAAUUUCAUCGAUUUCUUUUCAUCCAUUCGGCUACUUGAACAAUUUAUCAGCACAACUGUCCCCUUCUUCCCCCCCCCCCCCCCCCCCCCCCCAAGUGUAACGCGAGAAUAUUUUCUGUUGAUAUUUUAUUAUUAAAGUCAUUGAUGAAGAGAAUCAUAUGAUUCUGAUAAAAAUGUAUAAGUACGUCAAUAUAUUUAUUAUUAUUAUUAUUACUAUUAUCUAUGUAUGCAUAUAUUUUAUAUAUAUACACAAAAACGUCCGCACAGGAAGGAAAAUUCUAACGGUUUAACGUUACGUCGAUAUGUAAGAAUUAUUAUUAUUAUUAUUAUUAUUAUUUAACAAUGAAGAGAAUACCAUUUUUAUAAGAAAAAAAAAACAAUGUGCCUAACGACAUACCUCAGUGCAACUAGUGGGUAUAGUUACCCAUUCGAGAUGCGUUAACGAUCGAUAACUUGAGAAAAAACAUCUUUUCUGUCUUCUUGAACGAUCCAAGACUCUUUUUUUCAAUAAGUUUUUGUCCUGAUCGUCCCCUCGCUCUAUACUGUAAUCGAAGAAGCCAAAAUGCUUUCAUUUGAAUUGGUGCUUUUUUUUCUUCAGUUUCUCUUUUAUAUCUAAGACGAUUUAUCGAUCGCUAAUGUGCCAGAAAAUGCCAGGAUCUAACACGAGAUUUGCGUGUUUCGACGAAUAUGAGAUUUCGAAAUUAAAUUUAUUAUGAAAUUCUUUGAAACUGGUGUGCUGAUACUUUUUGAAAAAGAUCAGAAUGGAUCGGAGAACGAAUUUUCAUUCGAUUCGUUAUUAAAAAUGAGCGCACUCUUUUUUAAUGAUUUUUUCCUUUUGGUCGAAUCUGUAUUUUUUUUUUGUUGAAAUUCGAAUCGCUGCAAAUUCUCCUUGAUGACACAAUGACUCGUCUUCCUCAUUAAUCUUGUUGGUUAAUUCUUAACGAAGAUCGCGCCGAGAGUCAUGAUAAAACGCUUAUAACCGCUUUUUACCGAAAUCGUUGAAUAUUGUAAAAGUACGUGAAAACAAUAUAUCGGGCAAAAAUGAUGCGCAUCGCGAAAGAGAAAGUGCUUCAUCGUUUUAGCUUUAAUGCGUAUGUACGUACAUUGUAAAUUUAAAAAUAGCAUAUGGCUCCCUUCUCUUCUUCCGAAGUAUCGCAGCGUUUUCGCGUGAAAAUCGGGAGAGGGUCGAAAACGUUAUUUUCUUUUUAGCAUCGCUUGGGUUAUUUUUAAGUUUAACUUUCUUACUUUUUUUUUUUUUAUCAACUUUUUUUAUUUUCACAUCGUCGUUGAAUCGAAGGAAUGUCAUCGCGAAGUGCCGGUUAAACGGCGGAUGCUGUGUCAAUUAUUUUAUGAUCGUUAAAAAAUUUCGUCGCCGCGAAACUGCCAUUAUUUUUUAUCGUAUUUUAAUGCUUUCUUUCCUUUGUCGAGAGCUCGAGCUUGAUUUUUUUAUUACAUCAAUUAAUCCACGCGUGUUAUUGUACUUCACCACCGGAAACGGUGGCGCGAUUAUAAAUUUGUGAGACUGAAGUUUGUUCGAUUUUUGAUUCCGAUCCCGAUUUUCUACGUUCACAAACUCGGCUCGUAGGGCUAUUAUUAUUGUACGCAUGAGAAAUCCAUGUUAUAUAUUUUUUUGUCUUUUCUAUGUAUACUCAGUACCUGGCAAAAUUGUUUGCCACACUGCAGUCGAGAAUUAUUUACUUUUAUUUUAAGAAAAAAGAAACAAUUCUUAUGACUCGAAUAUUUACCGUUGUAAUGCCGAAAAAGUGAGUUCUCAUUCUUUGAAUAAAAGUGCCUUGAAUACUAAAACGUUAAGAGUUUCGUUGCCUCAAAAUUAUAAAUUAGUGGAGUCAUGGUUGAAAGAGGAUAACAGUUAUUCUUACGUUAGAAACGAAAGAUUUGUGAUUUCUUCGAAAAAGACGAGGGAUUAAGAGCUUUGACAAUACACGAAAAGUUGAAAUAUU